CACCCUCGAGUCAGGUUCGAAAUUGUUUUUCUGGCAUCAGCCGACUGACCCCCAAAAUUAUUCAAUGAAAAGCUCUUUCCAAUCGUCAGUUUUGUGUCAAAAAAUUCCAAAAAUUAACUUUUGUGUUUUCGCAAAAUUUGACAGUUUCAAAAUACAAAAUAUAAUUUUCCUGAAUGGCAAUAACGAACGUCCUAAAAUGGAUUCCAGUCCUUACGGUUCAAUGUCUUGGCUUCGGCAUUUUGUACAUGUACUUGCUGGUUGUGAAGCACUGGAAAUGCGAGAGUCAGCUGCUGAAAUUUAUCGAGUUCUUCCCGUUUCCUCUGCUGCUUCUUUACGAAUUGUCUUUCAUGCGAACUGUGCUGGCUCCCAUACCACGAAUAUCAGGAAAGUACCAGGCAUUCGCUCCCGACUUCAUUGCCCCAAACCUCCUGUUUGGUUACUGCAUCUACACCAGGACAAGCAGUAACGAGCCGAGAUACUGCCGGAUUUGUGCAACUCUCCAGCCAGACCGGGCGUGGCACUGUGAGUCAUGCGGGGCCUGUGUCCUUCGAAUGGAUCACCAUUGCUACUGGAUGAAUAACUGCAUUCACUUCGGGAACUACAAAUUCUUCCUGUUGACUCAAUUCUACGGCGCGAUGACCUGUCUUGUCAUGGCUACUUCAUGUUGUGUUCUUAUGGUGAAGCUGAACUUUCCGAAGCUUGAUUCAAAGAGCGCCCUGGACUUCUAUACAAUCUUGCCCGCCCUGGCAGUUGUUUUCAUAGGUUUAGGUAGCAUUUGCUUGUAUUACCUUCGCUUAGUUUUCGCUAAUCAAACCCUUAUGGAGAGAACUUUUGGAAUUUACUUGGAAAAUGGAAAACAACACAAUCACUUUUUUGACUUGGGAUGGAAGCAGAACUUCGUACAAGUAUUUGGUGACUGUUUUUUACUAGUGUGUGUACCUAUCUUUACAAGUAAGGGGAAUGGCGAAGUUUUCCCAGUGUCUGUCAAAGGAGAAUCGAAUAUUUGUGAACUGGCUGAAAUCCCGCCGAGUAUAAGAAAUCAAUGUAGCGCAAUAUCUAGCACUUAAAGUGAACUAUAUCAAAAUAAUAAAGUACCCAUACUGGCAUAAGCAUUUCCUAGGCCAGCACUGUUUGAUUAUUAUAUUUGGCAAAUAAAGAGAAUGAGCAGUUUCCAAACUUGA